AUGCCCGUGAGAAAUAAAGUCCCCAUUUCUGCACAGGAUUGCAUCCGAUCCGAACUGUCGCUUGGCGAAGAAGUUGUGACCAUCAGACGUAACGCCCCGGCGGCAUUGCUCUACGAAGACGCUUUGCACGAGUCCCGUACGACAAUUGCCAGUUCCGGAGCUCUCAUUGCUUUCUCUGGAGCGAAAACAGGACGGUCUCCUCGCGACAAACGGAUAGUCGAUGAACCCUCCUCCAGAGAUAACGUCUGGUGGGGCCCUGUGAAUCGCAAGUGCUCUGAAAAAACAUGGCUGGUGAAUCGUGAGCGGGCUGCUGACUACCUCAGAACACGGGAUCACUUGUACAUUGUGGACGCUUAUGCCGGCUGGGAUCCACGGUACCGCAUCAAGAUUCGUGUUGUGUGUGCGCGUGCGUACCAUGCGCUCUUCAUGACAAACAUGUUGAUCAGACCUACUCCCGAAGAACUCAAAAAUUUCGGUGAGCCUGACUUCACAGUUUGGAACGCAGGUCAAUUCCCAGCAAAUACACACACUGAUGGAAUGACGUCUAAGACAACCGUUGAGAUAAACUUUGCUAAGAUGGAAAUGGUUAUUCUUGGCACCGAAUAUGCUGGUGAAAUGAAAAAGGGCAUUUUCACGGUGAUGUUCUAUUUGAUGCCCGUUAAUCACAAUGUGUUGACGCUUCAUUCCUCUGCAAACCAAGGUAUCAAAGAUAAUGACGUUACUUUGUUUUUCGGACUCAGUGGGACAGGGAAAACGACGCUGUCUGCAGACCCCGCGCGUAGACUGAUCGGCGACGACGAACACUGUUGGUCAGACCACGGCGUGUUUAACAUAGAGGGUGGAUGCUACGCAAAGUGUAUCGGUCUCAGUGAAGCAAAAGAACCUGAAAUUUUUCGCGCUAUCAGAUUCGGCUCGGUGCUGGAGAACGUGGGAUACGAUCCUUUAACCAGAGAGGUAGACUACGAUGACUGUGAGAUCACCGAAAACACUCGUUGUGCGUACCCAAUUGAGUAUAUUCCGAGCGCCAAGAUUCCUUGCUUGGCAAACGAGCACCCUAAGAACAUUGUGUUGCUUACAUGCGAUGCUUCCGGAGUGUUACCACCAGUGUCAAAACUCAGCCCAGCUCAAGUUAUGUACCACUUUAUCAGCGGGUAUACCUCAAAAGUUGCCGGAACAGAAGAGGGGGUCACAGAACCCGAAGCAACAUUCUCAUCAUGCUUUGGACAGCCAUUUUUGGCCCUUCACCCUCUCAAAUACGCUACAAUGCUUGCUGAGAAAAUGCAAAAGCACAGUGCCGAUGCUUGGUUAGUAAAUACCGGAUGGACCGGAGCCAGUUUUGUUUCAGGAGCCCAGAGGUGUUCUUUAAAGUAUACGCGUGCUAUUUUGGAUGCUAUCCACGAUGGUUCGCUAGCCGCAGGAGAAUUUGAGGUUUUGCCCACUUUCAACUUACAAGUACCGGUUCACGUCAACAACGUUCCUGACAACUUACUGAACCCCGCGAAAAGCUGGAACAGUGGUAAGGCCAAUUAUCAGAAAGCGGUGAGGUCUUUGGGUAACUUGUUUGCUUCCAAUUUUCAAAAAUACACAGAGCAGGCCAGCACCGAGGUCAUUGCAGCUGGUCCAAUAAUGUAA